UUUAGGUUAUAAACAACCAACUCAAAAUGUUGUCGUUAUCACAAGACGAUUUUGCCGCCAAUGCACGAAAAUUAGAACAAUUUUUUAAGUUAAAAAAAGCUGGGGAGGGAACGUACGGGAUCGUUUAUAAGGCAAAAGAUAAAAUAACCGGGAAAUAUGUGGCUUUGAAGAAAAUCGCGUUGGAAAAACACGAUCGUCCCAAUGAAUCAGAAGGAAUCCCUUCGACUACAAUUCGAGAAAUAUGCCUUUUAAAAUCGCUUCAUCAUUCGGCGAUUGUGGAACUUUUAGAUAUUAUUUUUACAGAAUCGAAAUGUUUAUACAUGGUGUUUGAAUUUUUACACAUGGAUUUAAAAAAAUAUUUAGAGAUUAGUGUAGGAGUUUUAUCUGAAAAUUUAAUAAGAAGUUAUAUGAAGCAAUUAAUUGAUGGAAUUGGUUAUUUGCACACCCACAGAAUUUUACAUCGCGAUUUAAAACCACAAAAUUUAUUACUAGACAAUGAAGGUCACAUUAAAUUAGCCGAUUUUGGAUUAUCUCGAUCAUUUACUUUACCAACACGAAUUUUUACCCAUGAAGUUGUUACUUUGUGGUAUAGAGCACCUGAAUUAUUAUUUGGGGCCAAAAUGUACAGCACAUCAGUUGAUAUUUGGAGUUUAGGGUGUAUUAUGGCAGAAAUGAUCAUAAAGAAGCCCUUGUUUCCGGGUGAUUCAGAAAUUGAUGAAUUAUAUAAAAUAUUUAGACUCCUUGGGACUCCAACAGAAAAAAAUUGGAAAGGAGUGACCAUGUUAAAUGAAUAUAAAAAAUCUUUUCCCAUGUGGGAGAAGCAGAAUUUGAAGGAUAAAAUUAAUGCGCCAAGUGAAGAAGCUUUAAAUUUGAUUGAUAAUAUGUUAACUUAUGAUCCAGAGAGGAGACCCACAUCUUUGGAAUUACUUAAAAUGGAUUAUUUAAAAAAUGCUAAGCUCACACCUCCAAUAUCUGAUUAUUUCGAAGAUGACUAAAUUUUUAUUUUGGAAUGUUUUUGUGAUUAAAUUGAAUGAUCAAAGUAUUAUUAUGUAUUUGACAA